AUGCACGAGGGUAAUGCUCUGACACGUUGUCCUGAUUGCCUCCAUCAGUUUUCGGGGAAUGAAUGUCUGCAGACUCACAAGACACUGAAGCUCCCUCGUAGUGAGCUCACAAAAUGUCAGGCAUUUAAGUUUUGUGGGGGUUGCAAAAGAAAACCAAAAAGGCCAAAAGUUAAAUAUGUAAACUUGUACUUCGAUCUUGAGACUUCUCAGGCGACCCCUGUGGAGGGAAAACCAGGCACCUUUGAGCACAAACCUGUUUUGCUUGUCUCUCAGGCUGUCUGUGACGACUGUGCACAUAUUGAACAGAAUGACUAUUUCUGCCCGACAUGCAAAACUCGCCAACAAAUUUUUCAUAACUUGGAUGAACAGAAUAUUGAUGUCAUUGCCCAAUUCAUCAACUAUCUGCAGUCAUUCGGCCCCAAAACAGAGCUGUUACUUAUGACCCAUAAUGGCCGGAGCUUCGACUUUGUGUUCUUCAUCCAGGAAAUAAUUUCCCGGUCACUGAAAGUAGACAUCAUACUGCAGGGUGCAAAAAUUAUAAGCAUGACUGUACGAGGGACAUGGAAAUUUAUUGACUCGCUCUCAUUCCUACCUAUGCCACUCAGUGCAAUGCCGAAAUCUUUCGGACUGCAUGAACUCAAGAAAGGCUGGUUUCCUUUCCUAGCCAUAAAACCCGAAUAUUUCAAUUAUGAGGGCCCCAUGCUUCCAAAGAGUGAAUACUGCAUCGGCACUAUGAAAAGUAAAGCCGCGGAAGAGUUUAAUGCAUGGCAUGAUCAGCAGGUCGCUGAAAACACAGUAUUCAAUUUUAGACAAGAGCUUUUGGCAUACUGCAUAUCAGAUGUUACAAUACUCCGCCAGGCAUGCCACGCAUUCAGGCAGCUCUUCGAACAGACAGCAGGAUUUGAUCCCAUGUUCAGCUGUAUCGCGCUGAGCCGUGCGUGUAUGGCAGCAUACAGGAGAAACUUCCUUAAGCAAGAUACCAUCGGCAUGGUCCCACCUGAGGGUUACCACGGCCGUGGAAAGCAAAGCCAUAUGGCUCUCCAGUGGCUUGACUACGAAUCACACCCUCUUGGACAGGUUAUUCAAACUAUUUACAGUCACAGGGAAGUUUCAGUGCUGGGUCGACGCAUGGAUGGGUACAUUGAAAUCACUCUACCUUCCGGGCGAAUAGAGAAACGUAUCUAUCAGUUUCACGGAGAUUAUUGGCAUCAGUGCCCCCAACACCUCCCAGCCACAGAGGGCAGUGGGGAGAACCGCUAUGCAAAUACCAUAAAGACGACAGAGUUGUUUCGCGAAGCCGGUUACAAAGUGAUUGAGAAGUGGGAAUGUUCCUUCAAACAUGACCUUGAACAUAGUCCACAAGUGAAGGCUUACUUCCAAACACACCCCACGACUCGUGUCACGCCCCUCAGAUUGCGAGAUGCCCUGGCGGGUGGCCGCACAAGUGCCAUGAAGUGGUACUACAAGGCCGACCUAGCAAAAGGCGAGAAAAUUAUGUUGGUUGACGUAGUGUCUGAAUACCCCAAUGCUAAUCUCAGAGGCAGCUAUCCAUUUGGGCAUCCUACUCUGUACCUACAAGGCAAUCCAAACAUGCCUCCGGUUGACCAAUGGAAUGGGGUUGUCAAGUGCACGGUCUUACCGCCUUGUGACAUGUUUGUCCCUCUGUUGCCCUACAGAGCCUGUGGGCGUUUGAUGUUUCCCUUGUGCAGAACAUGCGUGGAGACCCUCAGUGAGGACAAGUGCCAGCAUGACGAUCCUAAGGACCGCCAACUUACUGACACAUGGUGCUCUCCUGAGCUUGUCCUAGCCAUUCAAGAAAAGGGAUAUCAGCUGAUAUCUGUUCACGAGGUUUAUCAGUAUCCCUCAACUAUGCAAUUCGACCCCAAGACAGACACCGACGGCCUUUUCUCUGCCUAUGUGAGGUGCUUCAUGGCACUUAAACUGCAAGCUAGCGGCUGGCCUGCCGGCUGUGUCACUCCUGAAGACAAGCAAAAGAUCAUGGAAGACGUGAAGAAAUGCGAUGGCAUUACUAUCGACCCUGACCUGGUUGAAAAGAACGGGCCUAUUCGACAACUCAGUAAAUUGUUCCUUAACAGUUUCUGGGGAAAGUUUGGGGAGCGAACUUGCCGUCCUAAGACUGAGUUCAUUUACAACUAUGCAGACCUCAUGGAGAUAGUGACCGAUCCUGUUAAGGAAGUCACAGCACUGGUUCCUAUUGGGGAAAACUGUCUACAAGUUACGUGGAUGCCACAGAGAUACAUAAGCCGCCGUGGUGAGGAUGACCUACAACUGGGUUCUCACUUAGGUGAUCUCACUGACCAGAUUGUCGAGGAUCAUGGAGAAAAUUCCUACAUUUUGGAAUUCCUGGCCGGGAGACCAAAAAACUACGCUUACAAGGUCGCGAAGAACGGCGACCCGAACAACAUAAAGGUGUGCAUCAAGGUGCGCGGUGUCAGUAUCAACACGUCCUGUGAAGAUAUCGUCACAUUUGACAAACUAAAGGAAAUGGUAAGGGGAAAAAGAGAGAAAGUUCUUGUCCCUAUUCCAAAGCAAAUAGCUAGACUACCAGCAUGGAAGAUUGUGACACGAGCCACAUCCAAAACAUGGCAGGCCGUCAACAAGAAACGGCGCAGGGUAGAUCUGGGCAAUACCGUUCCACACGGUUAUACAGCUUGGCAAGGGGACCAAGAUGACCAGGAACUGCUUGAGGUUCUAGACGAACUGGCUCAUAGCUAA